UUCUGACUCACCAGAGCCGCAGAGCGAUAUCCUGGCACUGCAGGUUUUGCUUGACGGAAAACACUCUCUAUCUCCACGGUGUUUUUGUUUUCGUACGUCGGUACUACGCAAUAACCUAAAAGAUAAUUUUUUUCCAAACAAAGAAAUCCAUUAUCCUGGUUUGAUUUGACUUUUGUGUGGCCAUUGCAAAUUUCACAUAUUAAAAGCACCAAUGGAUUCCACAAAGAACGAAGAGGUAACAUUAGAACAAUACGAGAUGGCGGAUGACAGCAUUCCCUCAUGGGCUAUUACAUUAUUCACAAAGAUGAAAACAGAAAUAUGUGCAGAAGUUCACGCUAAAGUUGCUUACAGUAUGAGGAUCAUGCUUGAUCAGUUCCAUGAAGAUUUGAAAUCUUCUCUACGGUCCUUUCAUGAGCCAAUUACAGCUGAUGAGUGUAGUUGCAAAGAGCUAAAUAAAUGCAGUGAAAAACUAGCUGCUCUUUGUGGAUCUCAAAAUUUAAAAGCGAAAGAAGAGAAAAAAAAGAGAAUGAAAAGAAUUCAGCAAGAAAUCAAGAAAAGCAACAAAUUGCAGAAAAACGUAAGCGAGUCAGACACUGACAACGAGAAAAAUAUGCUGGAGACUACACCAAAUAAACUUAUAUCUGCUCAGAACUAUGAAACACCAAAGGUUGCACCACCUAUACCACCCAGAAAAUCAAGUCCUUCAAAAAUUUUGGUUCAAACAGCAGAUUUUUCUGAUACCACAGAUGUUGCUAAUUCAGCUGAAACUACCGAUCCUACUUUGUGUAACAAAGAACUACUUGUUCAUUUAACAAAAUUGUUAAAUUUGGACAGGCAGGAACUAUUAGAUGGACCAGCAGAAACUUCCAAUAUUGAAGAACAAUCACAAGAAUUCCAGUUGUGCAGUUCAGAAAAAGAUGAAAAUUCACAAAUGGCCAGUGCUGAAAAUUCGCUUGAGCAGAAACUUCAAAAUCAAGAAAGUCCUGUCUCCCAAACCAGCGAAGUAUUCAGUCCUUCAGAUAGCGAGUUCGAAGUCAUUUCAAUGCCCCCGAACGUCAAUCCUGUCUCUGAAUAUGCUCGAUUGCCAAGAGACAUGUCUCCUUUAAUAUCAGAUUACGAUGACAGCAGUAGCAGCAGCGAUGACUUUGAAACCGAAACCAAGGUCGAGUUUAAAGAUUGCAAACAAAUGUCAGUUGAUAAUACCACCAUUUCCCAAACAAGUGGCACUCUCUAUCCGGCAUUGGAGCUUAAAAAAAUGUCGCUCUCAAUGUCCACAAUGACAUCAUCGACUAACUCGACUGUUUUGGACGGUUACAUGUCGUCGUGUUCUACCGAAGGCGCUGUAGCAUUGGAACCUGUAGUUGAACCUAUCUUAGAGAUCGAACGAGAACGAGCCCCGUAUUGCGUACCAUCAGAUGAGGUCGAAAAAAUCAAUCGUCAAGAAAUAGUACACAGCCAGCCGCUGCCUUCAGAGUUUCUGCGCGAUCGCAAGCCAUAUAGUCACUGUCCAAUGGUUGAGUCGGAACAACAGCCACAGAAACAGCAAGAACAGCAGCAGCAGCCACAACAGAUUCCAAAAGUUUCUCGACCACCCAAGCAUUACCAGCGAGAUUCAAAUUAUCGUGUAGAUAAUAUUCCCGAGUCUCUUUGGGAUGAGACCCUUACCGUAGCUGCUCAGACAUAUAAUGCAGCAAAAACUGCCAUUGGAAACUUGGCCGACACUUUCGUUCCUGGAGUUGCUUCACAAGCUGCCGCGGUCAGCCCGCAGCCCAGAAGUAGUCCAGUCCGAACACAACCGGCCUAUCGCAUAGAAAUGGCUUCCAAAGAACAGAAACUUUUCGAAAUGGGUUUCUUGGAUCAUGGCCUCAAUGCUACGCUCUUGAUACGCCACAAUGGCGACAUGGACCGUGUUAUCGCCGAAUUAAUCGAACCUAUUUAGUUUACGCUUGCUUACAAUCUCUUGAAAACUUUGUACUUUGUCUUACAAUUUAUGUUUUCCUUUCUUCCUUUUCCAUUUGAUUCGUGAAGGGUGGUAAAAAGGGGGGGAGAUGACAACUUGGGUAAUGGAGGGAAUCAAGAAGAAUGAAUUUUAUUCUAAUUCUUAUCUUGCUUAAUAGUGUCUAUGUUUUUCUACGUACUAUAUACUACCUUUUCAAAUCAAAUUAUCCGGCAGGGAGUGAAGGGGGUGAUUCGUAGUGGCCUAAAAGUCGGUUUGUAAAAGUUGACGUGAUUGCCAGGAUAUUUUGUACCGUCGUUAGCACAUAAUUUUUACCUUACUAUUUUGGCUUAGAUUAUAAUCCAUCCAUCCUUGGUUUGUGUAAUCCGGAAAACUGUGAUUCUAAAAAUAAAACCGUUAUUUCGAAGA